UCGCAUUGCAGAGGCUCCACCCUAUCACCACAUUCUCUCCUCCUCCAUGACUAAUCCCAUUAACCCUUUAGUGCCCCACAGUAUUGUCACUCCAUACAUACUAUAUAUCAUAUAGAUAUCCUUGGGUGAGGGCACUGUCGGAUCAGGACUAUGACAAUUAUCUAUGUUAAUGGGUAGGAAGCUGUGAACAAGCUUAUCCCUCAAAUUUGGUCCUCUCCUAUAUGUGACGCUGGGAUGUGAUGGUAGUACAUCCCUCAGCUGUUCAUCACUGCAGAAUAUGAAACAACCCAAGACUUUUCUAUUGGUCAGUGAAAGAAUGUAGUUGAGCUGGUUUAACCACAAUCAUGCUAUAAAAGCUGACAAAUUUCUGAGGAAUCAGAGACCUUCAGUGUCACAUUGGAAGUGCCUCUGAGUUGUGGAAAAUGUGGUUACACAAGCUGGUAGUCCUUACUUUGGCACUCUCUGGAGUAUACUCCAAAUGUCACGAUGCCUCUAUUUCCGAGAAAAAAGAAAAUAUUCUGAACCUGUUGGCGUGCUGGGGUGAAAGCUCUGAAAGUGACUAUGGGUCAUAUUCUGGGAAUCCUACUGGUGGGUACAGUGUGUACAGGAGCUGCAAUGAAAUCAAGAACUCUGAUAAACGUGCAGAAGAUGGGAUAUAUACACUAACCACUGAAGAUGGAGUGUCAUACCAGACCUACUGUGAUAUGACAACCAAUGGAGGAGGUUGGACAUUGGUGGCAAGUGUCCAUGAAAACAAUAUGUAUGGUAAAUGUACAGUGGGAGAUCGUUGGUCCAGUCAGGACGGAGACAACAUCAACAACCCUAAAGGAGAUGGCAACUGGGCCAACUAUGCCACCUUUGGUCUACCUGAUGGAGCUACAAGCGAUGAUUAUAAGAAUCCAGGCUAUUAUGAUCUUACUGCUAAAGACCUGGGCUUGUGGCACGUUCCCAAUGAUACACCCUUGUCAGAGUGGAGGAAUGCCUCUCUUCUGAGAUACCGCACAGACAAUGGCUUUUUUAAGCAAGAAGGUGGUAACCUCUUCAAGCUGUACAAUAAAUACCCAGUAGUAUAUAAUGCUGGUGGCUGUCUUGCACAAAAUGGGCCCGCUGUUCCUGUAGUGUAUGACUUUGGAAGUGCUGAGAAGACAAAGUCAUAUUAUUCACCCUUAGGAGCAAAGGAGUUCACUGCUGGUUAUGUCCAGUUCCGGGUUAUCAAUACGGAAAGAGCUGCCCUGGCUCUGUGUCCAGGAGUGAAGGUGACAGGAUGCAAUGUAGAACAUCAUUGCAUUGGUGGAGGAGGCUACAUCCCAGAAGGAUUCCCCAGGCAGUGUGGUGACUUUGCAUCAUUUGACUGGGAUGGUUAUGGAAAACAUAUUGGAUGGAGUUCUAGCAAGGAGAUAACUGAAGCAGCCGUCCUCCUCUUCUAUCGUUAAUGUAUGCAAGUUAUCUAUUUUGUUAACAUUUUUAAAAGUAAUAUGUCAGCAAAUUGCAUUUCCAUAAAUCCCUGAAGCAUUUUUACA